AUGUGUGCUGCAAAGGGCUUGCAGAAGAGUGAACAGGCUUCUGCGGCUCUCACCUUGGAUGUGCUCGGCUGCAGUCGGUUCGAGGGUGGUGAAGCUCCAGGCAUGCUGAACAUCUCUUUCCCAGCCACUGGCUGCCAGAAACUCAUUGAAGUGGAUGAUGAGCGCAAGCUGAGAACUUUCUAUGAGAAACGUAUGGCCACGGAGGUUGCGGCUGAUUCUCUCGGCGAGGAGUGGAAGGGCUAUGUUGUUCGGAUCAGUGGUGGCAAUGACAAACAAGGCUUCCCCAUGAAGCAAGGUGUCUUGACUCCUGGACGUGUCCGCCUUCUGCUCAGCAAGGGCCACUCCUGCUACCGCCCCAGAAGAACUGGAGAGAGAAAACGCAAAUCUGUUCGUGGUUGCAUCGUUGAUGCCAACUUGAGUGUUCUGAACUUGGUGAUAGUGAAAAAGGGUGAAAAGGAUAUUCCAGGACUGACAGACACAACUGUGCCCCGUCGUCUUGGUCCCAAGAGGGCUAGCAGAAUCCGCAAGCUGUUCAACCUGUCUAAGGAGGAUGAUGUUCGCCAGUAUGUUGUGAGGAAGCCUCUGAACAAAGAGGGCAAGAAACCCAGAACCAAGGCUCCCAAGAUCCAGCGACUAGUGACUCCUCGAGUUCUGCAACAUAAGCGCAGACGUAUUGCUCUGAAGAAGCAGCGCACUCAAAAGAAUAAGGAGGAAGCAGCAGAAUAUGCGAAGCUCUUGGCCAAGAGAAUGAAGGAAGCUAAGGAGAAACGCCAGGAACAGAUUGCGAAGAGACGCCGGCUUUCUUCAUUGAGAGCUUCUACAUCUAAGUCUGAGUCAAGUCAGAAGUAAAGAUGUACAUGAUAUGAAAAAUAAACCCUUUUUGUGGUUAACUUUCAGUAUGAGACUUUCCAGUGCAUAUUGUUACUGGCCAUCUCUUAAAAUAAAAUAGUAGUCUAGACUAACUGCA